AGGACAUAGCACAAUUGGCCCAGCGUCGUCCGCGUUAUGGGAGGGGUAGGCCUUCAUUGUGAAUAUGAAUUAGUUCUUAACUGGCUUGGCUGGUUAAAUUAAAUUAAAAUGUUGCUAACUAACCCCUACGGCUAGUUAGCCAACGACGUGCGUACCUCGAUCAUUGAGUUUUGGUACACAAGUCCAAUGGAACGCUGCGUUCGGGUUGCAGAAGAAAUUGCAGUGCGUUCUGUGAAAUCGGAAGUAUGCAUCCAAUUGUAGGCGUAGACUUGAACAGAAAUAGUAGAACAUGGUGAAUGAUGAACUGUUGGUGCACAAAUAUCCACGAACAAGUGGAUUACAUAAUGGAAAAAGUUUGAUUGCAGAAUUGAUCAAGCAACUGGAUCAACUUUACUGAACCGUUAUUCAACUAAGGGUGGACUUGGCAGCAACUGUAAGAAGAUGCAGCAUCUCUUUAACCAGAGAGCGUUGUGGCAAUCAGCUGCCCUGCGCUCCAUGCUUCUGGGCCCAGUUACCUUGCAGCCGUCCACUAUUUUGGGUCCACGGAUGGCCUCCUACUUCCUCAGGAACUCUUGCCUCAUCCCCAGCCCACGCUGGGUGAGCACAUCAGGAGCAGUGUGGACCACAGCACCCCGUAAGUCCACCACGGAAGAAGGCCAUAGCCAGGCUGACCCAGGCCAGGAGGAUAUCCUGGGGGACCGGUCCAUUGGGCUGGUCCAGAGGUUCAGGAGAACUCUAAAGCAGUAUGGGAAGGUCAUGAUUCCCCUUCACCUCAUCACCUCCUCCAUGUGGUUCGGGACAUUUUACUAUGCUGCCAUGCAGGGUAUAAAUGUCGUUCCGUUUCUGGAGUAUGUUGGAUUCCCGGAGAAGCUUGUUAAGCUGUUGGAGCAUUCCCAGAGUGGCUAUGCACUGACUGCGUAUGCCAUGUACAAGAUUGCCACCCCAGCCAGGUACACCGUGACAUUAGGGGGGACAUCCCUAUCGAUCAGGUACCUCCGUAAACAUGGCCACAUGACCACUCCACCGCCUGUUAAGGAGUAUCUGCAGGACAAGAUGGAGGAGACCAGGGGACGCCUCUCUGAGAAGAUGGAGGAGACCAAGGACAGGUUCUCUGAGAAGAUGGAAGAGACCAGAGAUCGUCUGUCGGGGAGGAUUGGGGAUAACAAGGACAAGUUGGCAGAGAAACUCCAAGAGACCAAAGACAAAGUGUCUUUCAGAAAGAAGCCGGAGUAGAUAACAUGUUAAUUCCUGGAUAUAAUUAAGUAGAUGUUCAUAUGGCCACUAUAGCCCUUCAAAAGGAUGGGUGGACACAUCACCCUAAACUGACUUCAUCAGACACCACAUACUCAUAACAUCUAAGCAUUUCUCUUCUCACCUCCACGUCUGCUUGACUGCAAAUAGUAGGCUGCUGCACCUGCUCAAAUAGCAAAGGUUACAAUGGAUCUGGUAAGUAAGGAGAAAAAUAGUUAUAUGAAGUUAAAAGUAGGAAAAAGGGUGCUAUAUUUUCUGGGAAAUAUUUGGAUGAAGGAGUGAUUCCAGAAGAACAUGGUAUGUGUGGUAGAGGAGUGGGCUUUGAAUUGUUUCACUGCAGAAGUAGACUAUUAAACACUUAUUGUCCCCAGUCAGUCACAACCACAACAUUCACACUGGCUCAUGUUACAAGAAGGUUAUUGUUGUUUUUACAAUGUUAUAUUGAGAGAUGUAUCUGAAAUAUGAAAAAGUACUUGUUGUCCAUUGGCUUUCCAAUUAAAACAACUGUUCAGUAAGAUGUGCUA